GAGAGAGAGAGAGAGCAGGAGCACCAACUCCUUCCAGAGAGAGAGAGAGAUAGCAGGAGCACCAACUCUUCCCAGAGAGAGAGAGCGAGAGGAGGGUCAGAAGAAGACUAGACCUUGCGCAGUGAGAGAUCGCUCUUCCAGCUGACAAAGCCCUUUCUUGGUUAAGCCUCAGUGAGCUGAGCAACACGAUCCAGACGAUCUGCUCUGCUGCUCUACACUGCUUCUCCAUUUUCCCACUACCCCUGGUGUAGAGUCUGAAGAAAAAAACACAGAAGAACGAAGAAAGAAACUGAGGGGAAAAAGAGACAGGCGCUUACACAGAGAAUAAAAUAACUUGAAAUUGCAGAGAACCAACGGUGAGGAGGGCAGCCAGAAGAAAUCAGAAGUGGAGAGAAAAGGGGUGAUAAAAGUGGAAAAGAGACGGUUGAAGAGAGGUUCGAGUCCGAGAAUCAAGCUGCAUUCAGUCACCAAAGCCAGUGGAAUGGACCUCGGUGUCGGUCGGAUUAACCCAUGCCUGCACACUGUGCACUCCGAGGAGGAAGGCUGAACCAACCCACCUCCACCACCAAAAACAAAUGAGGAUGAACGGAGAUGUUCUUUAGCUGAGCUAACAACACGUUCCCUUUUUUCUUCAGCGGUGCGACUGCCUGGGGUUAGCAUAAGCCGCUAGCUGCCUGGCAGUGGAGGAGGAGGAGAACCGGGGUGCCCCAAGCGCCGCUGGUGUUGCUGCCCAGGAGAGGCAGGGCAGCACGGGAGAGGAAGAAGGGGACGAAGAGAGGGAGGAGGUGGUGGAGGCAGAGGUGGCGGGCGGGCAGCGGUGCAUGGCCGUGCAGCGGCUGGUGGCGGUGGCGGUGAUGGUGGCCCUGCUGUCCCUGGUACUCAACAACGUGGCAGCUUUCACCCCCAGCUGGGUGCUGCAGGCCCUGGAGGAUGGACGCAAGCGCAACGUGGGGCUGUGGAGGAUGUGCCCCGUCAUGACUGGAGGAGAGAGGGGCCGGGAUGAACCUCGGGGGGGCGGGAGGAGAGGUCAGGGGACUCAGAUGCCGUGUGAGGGUCUGGGCUGGGGCUCGGAGUACGCAGGCUACCAGGAGUCCCGCAGCACCGUCAAAUUGCAGUUUGACAUGAUGCGAGUGUGUAACCUGAUGGCCACGGUGGCUCUGACGGCCGGUCAGCUGAUCUUCCUGCUGGGCCUGAUGGAGCUGCCCUUUGUCACCCAGGACUCCCAGUGGUGGGAGGAGGCCAUCGCCGCACUCUUCCAGUUGGCCAGUUUUGUGCUGGUAAUCGGCUUGGUGACAUUCUACCGGAUCGGCCCGUACACGCACCUGUCCUACUCGUGCUACGUGGACAUCGCCGCCUGCCUAUUGGCCACUCUGGCCGCUGCCAUGCUCAUCUGGAACAUCUUACAUCGCCGCGACGACUGCCUCACGCCCCGUGUCAUUGUUAUCAGCCGCUCUCUGGCGUCGAACUUCCACCCACGCCUCGACAACGACUAUGUGGAGUCGCCCUGCUGAGCACCCCUGAGCCCUGACCCCCAUUCGUCAAUAAGGACUACCUAACAUGCUGAAGAACAGACAAUGUUCUGACUGUCUCCUCAUAUUCUUAUCCGACCAGGUGCCUCAAUGAAUGACUCUAUAGAAGAC